AUGGAGGUUGUAAAAUUUGAUGACACCCCUAGUACAGAAAACCCAUUGCCAAACCAUGGUGAUCAAGGGGCAAACACAAUUGGGGAAAUUGGUAUGAGAAGGAUUAAAGAGGACGUGGCCGAGGUAAAAAUGCCGAUGAAAGUAAUCUGGGAAGAAAUGAUGAAAGAAGAGAUAAUAAUCUCUGAAAAAGGAAAUAAAGGAGCGAGGGACUACUGCGAGUUCCAUGCAGAAGAAAGACACGAGAUCCAGGAAUGUGACGAGUUUAAGGCUUUGGUACAAAGCCUUAUGGAUAACAAGGAGCUGGAAAUUUAUGAAGCUGACUUAGAUGAGGGACACGUAUGCGCAUUGGAAGGUGAACCAAAGAAUCAAAGAAUUAACAGGCCAAGGAUCAUUAUUUCUCUACCAAGGAAUAAUGAAGUUGAGAUACAAACAGCGCCGAAGGUCAUUAUUCACAAACUCGCUUCCUUUCCUUAUAAGGAUAACAAAAAGGUACCCUGGAAUUAUGACUGCAAUGUGAUAAUAAGAGAAAAUAUAGCUAGUACUUCUAAGGAGGCUCAAGUUGAAGGUUCUUACACACGUAAUGGGAAGCGUUAUGAUGCAAAAGGCGUUAGAGUUGAGCCCACAAAAGUAAAAGCCAUUGACAUCGAGAAGGAGAAAGGGGUUGAGGUACUUGUUAAUGAGCCAGUGAAGGAAGAAGAGGCUAGAGAGUUUCUAAAAUUCCUGAAACACAGUGAGUACAGUGUGGUUGAACAAUUGCGCAAGCAAGUAGCUUGCAUAUCAGUGUUAGCUUUGCUUCUGAGUUCAGAGGGAUCAGCUAAAGCUUUGCACAUCACCACUCGCUGCAAAGGAUAUACAUUACCGAGUGUGCUUAUUGGUAACGGGUCAGCCUUAAAUGUCCUGCCAUUAUCCAUAUUGAACAGAUUUCCCAUAGACGGUUCUCACAUGAAAACAUGCCAUAAUGUAGUGAGAGCAUUCGAUGGCACGGAGAGAAAGGUCAUGGGAAGAAUUGAUAUCCCUUUGAUGAAUGGGCCAAACACGUUUGAGGUAGACUUUCUAGUGAUGGACAUCAUGCCUUCUUAUAAUUGCUUAUUAGGAAGGCCUUGGAUACAUUCGGCAGGAGCGGUGCCCUCAUCUUUGCACCAAAAAUUGAAGCUAGUAAUAGACGGACGACUGGUCACCAUAAAUACGGAGGAAGACAUCAUAGCAGCAGUUACUAGUGAUGCACCCUAUGUAGAGACGAACGAGGAGGCCAUUGAGUUUUCUUUUCGCUCCUUAGAAUUCGUUAAUGCAACAUUUAUUUUAGAGGGGAAUGAGGCGUCGGUGCCUAAGAUAUCCAGAACCACAAGAAUGGGCUUGCAGAUGACAGUAGGGAAAGGAGCCUUGCCAGGAAAAGGAUUGGGAAGAUAUCUCCAAUGA